UUUUUGUUAUUUUUAGUUGUGACAGCAAAUUCAGAUGAGUGCAGAGCCAUUCUAUUUAACCCAGUCACCAAAGACAAGUAUUUACUUAAUCACAUAAUUAAAUCUCUGCCAGUUGAAAGUGAAGUAGGCUGUGAACUCAUCUGUUAUGGAGAUCCUGACUGUGUGUCUUACAACUACGGGCCACUACUAGGCGAUAUUCCGUUAUGCGACCUGAAUAACAGCACUCAUUUACAAGUCACCAGCGUGAAUUUCAUUACCAGAAAUGGCUACAGCUACCGAGGAAUUGAGGUAAGCCUUACAACCUAAACACAACAAAUUUUUUUUUUUUUUUUGUUGAAACUUCACUUGACACGACUGACUGGUUGACUACAGAAAUGUAAACAGGAAGAAAAGGUAGCUAUGUUCUGGAAUGAUUACCUGAACUCUUUAAUUCGGUAAAUUAAUUUUAAUCAGUGGGACGCAGUGAGGCAUACAACAGACCUCGUCCAUGGCGAAAUUAAUUUCCCAAAUGUUGGAGACCAGGUGAAAUCUUCUUGAGGUUUAAUGCUUUUUCGAAAAAAUGACUCUGAUGAUCUCUUUUUUUUUUUAAUUAUAACGAUGAUAAUAAUAAUAAUGGUGAUAGUAAUCCCUCAAGAAGCACACGUGCUCUUAGCAUACAAAAAAGGAAAGGCACUGUUUGCUUUUUUUUUUUAUCACAGAAUCCUUGUGGAAGCAGCCCAUGUCAGAAAAAUUCUACUUGUCAAGCUGGCUUUACUUCAAAAGGAUACCGUUGUGUCUGUCCACAAGGACUCGGGGGAGAGAAUUGUGACCAAGGUAUUUUGUUGCUUAUUCAUCAAGUAAUGCAAAUAUUCCCGCCUUUUUAUACAUCAAGUAAUGCAAAUAUUCCUGCCUUUUUAUACUUCUUGGUUUUCUUGUUUUUUUGCUUCAGUAAAUUUUCUAAGUUCCCUAAAGUCAUUGACUUCAUUUUUUAAUAUGUUAGUGGUGUAUAACGAAAAACCUCCUUCUCACCUCUUAGCAAGUAUUUGUUUAUAUCAUAAUUAUCUUAAGUUUUCGAUGGCCAGUCCGUUUUGCGGCUUGAGGAAUCAUUAACAUCUAACACAAUUUAGCAUGUUUAUGUUUUUUUCAAAAUCGUCUCAUUGUUAUUUAGAAAACAAGAGUUACUAUGUUAAGACUUGUAGUGAGGGAGUCAUUCGUGCCAACCUAUUGAAAUCAUAUUUGAUAGCUUUACACAAAAAGUAUUCGGAUUUGAUGAAGCCAGAUUUUCAUCUUGACUGCCAAAAAAGCCACUUAUUUCAUUUCCGAUUUGUAAAAUGAGAAUGCAAGGAUAGUCUAGUACAGCAGAGAGAUCUAUAGAUCUCUGCAUCGUGUGCAAGGACUCGUAUAAGCAUCUUUUCUACUUUUAAUCUUUUCAGUCAUUCUGCCUCAAAAAUGUUCUCAAGCCCCAAAGGAAACAGGAGUCCACGAAAUUUCCAAUCAUGUAUCAGACUCAUUCCCAGUGUACUGCGACCAAACAAGUGAUGGAGGUGGUACGUCAAACUAAAUAAGAGGAUCUCGAUAGGAGAUGAACUUUGUUCCUUUGUCUCACUAUAGAGUCACUUUUGAUGUAGAUCGCAGUGUUUCGACUGCAAUACGGUUCGUAUGCCUUGUUGUUGUAGGCAGCGGCGAAGAACUACUGAUACACCCUUUAUGUAAGGGAGAAUGGCAGUAGAUUUAAAUUCCUGCGCGGCCUUUGUUGGCUGUUACCCUUGUUGUCUUUGCGAUUCUUCGUACAAAUGAAGAAAGAUAACCAUUCGAAACAAGUACUGAUGACAAGUUUUUUUUCCUCAGAGAUAACUGACGGUGUCAUUGUGAGGUGUUUGGCUCGGUAUUAUAGACACUUAACAAAACCAAGCUUUACUCACUAAGGGUGGUGUGAAUCAUAGGUUAGGUACUGGACAGUGUGGGUGGGCUUUCUGCAGACAGUAGUAGUCUAUCGAGUCGAUUUCCAUGGUAAAACGAAUAGUAGGCUGUUGACUGUUUAGAUGUUGUAAAAAAGCCGUCGACAUUGUCCCGGUCUAAGAGUGUGAAAGUGUCAUCUACAUAUCGUUUCCAGAUCUUCGGUUUUCAAGUCGCAUUUGUUAUCGCCUGUUCCUCAAAUUCUUCCAUAUAAACACGUAAACAGUCGACCUCAUCGCCUGACUUUCGACUGCAGUCGAAACGUCGCGAUCUACAUCAAAAGUGACUAUGUCGUGAGACAAACGAACAAAGUUCAUCUCCUCUCUUACACCACGAUGAACAAUAAACACAUAUUUUAUUACAAGAAUCUCAAUGGGGUUAACCGUUAGGCGUAAAACGGCCAAAAGAUUCAGCCGUUUGGCGAAUAAAAUUGAAACAUUUAAACUGUAAAAACCCCAAAGUGUUUUAUGGUGACCACAAUGGAAAUAUGUUAGCCGUUAACCGUAAAUAGGCCAAAGCCUAACCGUUAGCUGUAAAAGCCAUCAACACAUUGAAACCCUCGAGUAAGGGUCAUGAGUAUCUCUCUGACGAGGGGCUAACGCUCGAAACGUCAUCCUUUAAACUCUUUACGGUGGCCAAUUUACGUUUUCAACCCAGUUGAUAACACUAAACUACCCUGUUAUACUCUCCAACCGACGCAGCACCACAGUUUCUUUAGAAACUUACCCUCUUUUUCCAAUUUAUUUAGAGGUGGCCAACUCACUUGGCUAGGAAGGUCCCAGACUUAGGUCCAUAACAAUUCAGUCAAUUCGAAAAAACAAUUUCUAGAGUUUCCAAAGGAACAAGCAAUUUCCACGAACCUAGACUAUUUCCGACUUUUUUUUUAUUUUAAGGUUGGACGAUGAUAUUCAAAUACAUUGGAGGAGAUUCUUCCUCUCCGACUGCUGACGUGUUAUGGAAUUCAUCCGACACAUUAUCAGAAAAUAUUAUCGCUGCCUUAGAUACCACUUCAAUCUACCAGGGAAACUACAAAAAUCGUAUCGUUCAGAGUUGGCAAACUUUUAACCCUCAAGAGGUAAGUCCGGAAAAUAUCUACAUCACAGAUGGUUAGGCUUAAUACACCUUCGUCCAUGCACAAAUUUCUUAUGUAAUGUUAAUAUAUUUCCUUAGAAAUAGCCUGCAAAAAUAAAUUAGUUAAAAUUUUUUGGGAUUUUUUUGUAUAAGCCUAAGGUAUCUACCUUAUGGAAACUUGUCUUCAAAUUGUCUGUCACUAAACACUUUUCCAAAUGAUGUUCUUUAAUUCUUUGAUUCUCAAAAGAAACUGUGACUGUUCGCAUGGUAAAACCACCACAAAAUAUGUAAACCACAAUGAUAUUAUAUAUUCAAAGACAAUUCUGAGCAGAAACAAAAGUGCUUAAUCAGAAAUUACUUUAAAAAGUACUCAGGGUGUUAGGGAGCUUUUAAUGCUUCAAAGACAAUUGAAUCACAAAAGUUGCCGUGCCCAAGACAGAGUGAUACUAGAACCAAGCCGAUAGAAUAACUUCUAGCUCAAAACUUUGCCUUCUCGAGUUUACAUAUAGUCAUGUUAUGUGGUAUUGAUUGAUCGACAUCCUCCAAAUAUGUUUGUAAAAAGACAAUAAAAAAUUGAUCAACAAUUCUUUAAAUUCCCCGAUGUAAUGACUCUUAUCUUACCCCAUACUCAUGUAUUUGAUAUGUAGACAACUGAUCAUUUUCGUGUGUGACUUUAGGUUCGUGUAGUGCUUUACACUAAUGGAGCAGAAGUUAUGUCUAUGAAGUUCAAUGCCAGAGGAACAACUAACGUGGACUGGUUUACACAAAAUAAUCUACUUCAAUCACCAUGGACAGAUCUUAAGGAUGCGGCAGACAUAUAUCCCUUUCACAUCAAUGGCCAUUCCAGUGCACGAAACUUUGAAAUUACAGCUAAAUACGGAGGAUGCCAGAAGGAUGUUGGGUGGUUUAUAAUCGGGGGAACUGGUUGUGACUGGGAGAGAUUUUACCCUGUGCCGGCAAUUCUGUACAGCAAGAAAACUCACAAAAUCACAUGGAAUAAUGCCCAAGGUAGAAAUUUAUUUUAAAAUCUUGAGAGACCUCUGUUAUGAUAAAAAUUGAUUUAAGAAAUCUUGAAAUACCUCUGUUACUAUUUUUGUCUGUUUGUUUGUUUGUCUGGUAUUUUUGUUAUCAAAUCAGAGAAAUAACAAGAUAUUUCCUAAACAGACCUCAUGAAUGGUUUCUUUUCCAUUCAUUUAUUCCUUUUUAUUCAGGCAGAUAAAACGGUAUGGAAUAAUAAUUCUGUGUUUGUUGUGCUGAGAUAAUCGUCAAACUGAUCUAGUCGACACCUUCUCGGAUAACUCGGCCAUUUCGUUUUAUUCUUUAGGGGCAUGACCUGGAUUUUUCAAAGGGAGGGAGGGGAGGAGGAAGGAUGUCACAAUAUGUCAAAUAGAGAGUACUCACCAGAUUGCCAUGUCGACCUUUCAUGAAUAGGUUAUAGUGACAUUUUAAGAUACCCUGUCCCCCUCCCCCCUCUCUUAUUUCGUCUGGGUGUCAGAAUUUAACUGCAAUUGUUAAUUACUGGGGCAAAUCCUCGGUAGGAAAUUAAGAGAAGAAACGUAAUAACUGCACAAGUCAACUGAAAUUUAACGUCUCCCAUGAUUACAAGUCUGGUGCUCAAAAACCGGUUUCACUCAGGAAAGUUCCAACUUUUCAUUUGUUUUCUUGUUCUCCAUCUUUCCCUAAAUAUGGAUUAUGAUAAUCGUUUAUUUAAUGAGAUCUCAAUAAAUAGUUUACUAUGUAUUAUUUAUCGGUUAAUUUUUUGGUUUAUUCUUUUUUCAAGCCGACGUCGGAGGCGCUGAGGUUAUGGUUGUGUAUGUACGUUGAAGACCAAGGAUGCCAAGCGAUGAAUAAUCUGAAUGAAAUGUCGAGAAGUAAAACUUCUGCUUAACCGUUAUACGCAAAAUGACCGCGAGAUCCCACAAAUCAUAUCGAAGUGCUUGACUGUUGACCUUGAUGAUUUCCAAGAAGAACUGGCUCGUUACUGCCAACGACACUUAAUAACCGCUAUCCUCUCUGCUCGAGACAUUUUCUUUUCGUUAUCAGAACUUGACGCGAGCUUGCUAGAUAGAAAUUCGUUGACCGUAAAUCGCCAACGAAACUCGCUCUUAUUAGAUAGCUUUAUGGCUUUUAUCCUUUUCGAUAUUAAAGCAGUACCUUCUCCUAAGGCGCGUUCCGCUCUUUUUAAGGAACUAUUUUCCAGAGCGUUCAAAGCGUCAUGCAUCCCAUCGAGGACUUGAAACUAAUGAUCAAGUUGCUGUUAGUUGCCCUUCCAGAUGCAAGCAUGGUUCUCACGACGAGCCUUUUUUACGGCUUGGUCAACUGCAGUGCCGUUACUUUCAGAAAAGCUUUGAGCAGAUCUGGUUAGCCUAGAUUCGAACACGUUAAGUUUUCUGUUAGUGAACCGAUCGACGUCGAAAUAGCAGAUCUGAUUGCUUGAAUAAUGAAUGGAUCGCAAUGUAUCCAAUAUGGUUACACCAUCUUCUGCUGUGUUCGUGAAGCGAGAUGCUAAAAGUUCGUCCAUCUUAAAAUUAACUGCCUGUGCAGGGGUGUUCAUAGACCCGACGGACGCACUCUCAAUUUUUAUUACUCAACAAUUAUAUACCGUUAUUUAAAUAACUUAACACAUACCGAAACACUCACUAAUAAACACACAUUGCCAUUCAAAACGUGCUGGAAAAAAAUCAUCUUCUCAGCUUCGUAACGCAGAUAUUUUAAUAUUCUUAUCAAUUUGUUCACUUACACAGUGUUAUAGUUGUUGUGUUGUGUUUUUAAUUAAGAUGGGAAUUUCAUAAAACUUCGCAUAAGUUCGACAACGGUGGGUACGUUGAAAGAAACAAAAAUAACCUUAACGAUUAACGGCCUUCAUCCUUGCAGCCUCUAUUGAGCUAAACUGGCCAUAGAAACGGAGUUUAAACGCUUUGGUAAUCUGUAAAAAAAUACGUUGGCAAGAGAAAUAACCCUAACAAUUGACGGCAUUUCAUCCUUGUCGCCUCUAUUGAGCAAAACUGGCGAUGGAAACGGAAUUUAAACGCUUUGCUAUUCUGUUAAAAAUAUAUUUUAAAUUUCCUCAGAUUUAUUUUAUACCUUGCGUAGGUUUCUUGUUUAACGAAAUUGUACCUUAAAAGGUAAAUAUAGAGAACUCUCGACAGCCAUUGGUUGAAAAGUAAACAGGAAGUUAAUUGAAGCUAAUCUCACGCUUAGAGCAGCUGGAAAACACUCAGUUUGUACAACCCCAUGUCUGUAUGACUUUGUGCCAUGUCUUUCGCUUGGAUCUGUUUUCUGUCAGUGGAUCUGUGUUCAAUGAUACCCAAGAUUGCCUCGUUACAAGGCUGGUUAUUCAAGUAUGUUCUUUGACAAAAUGAAACUGAGAAAUCGAUUCUUUUACUGCUGCCGUAAAAAAAAAAAAAAAAAAAAAAAAAAAAGAAAAAGCAAGAUUGACAGAAAAAUAAAGUAACGGUGUCAUCGUUAUUGUGUUUUCAAUGUUUGCUGCAAGCGACAGAUGGCGGCCUUUCAAUUUUCUGACGGAAAUAGCACGUUAGCAUUUACCGCUGCUUGUCCUUUGACAUUAUGGGCCGGUUAUUUUCUCGAGGCCAAACUUAUCCAAACCACAUCCAGACGAUUCUGUUUAAUCUUUUACAGUUGGGGGAUCGUAUAUUUUAACAAGUUUAGAGGAGUUGGGGGCCCUUAGUGUAUAAACUCAUUUGCUCAUUAAAAAAUCAUGACAAACUUUUGUCUACCGUUCACCCAGAAUAAUUUGACGAGGCGUAGUACAAACAAAAUUUCGACUCUCAAAAAUGAAGGAAUCUACCAGAGCGGCAAUUAUUACGCUUUGCGCGGAACUUAAAAGCUAAGUAUCAUAGGAAAGCCUCAAAACAAAUACGAUAAGCCUGAACGGACAUGUUAACGGUUUCCUAAUUAACAUUCAUGUCUCGUGACCUAAGUUAGCUAAUUAUGAGAAAAUGCGAGCAGUUCCUCUCCUGACAUAAAUAUGUUAACGCACAUCAUUCCGAAAUAGGGUGAAAAGGAAAACUUUUCGAGACAAUUUUGUGUACAAAUUCAGGUAAUUUCCGCAAGUGUGUAACAUCUGUAUAUUGCGUUUUCCAACUUCAAACAGAACCGUUAGUUACCUGCGGCUAGCUGCCCUAGAUUUGAUCAAUGUAAUUCUGCUGUUAAUGAACCGAUCGACGUCGAAAUAGCAGAUCUGAUUGCUUGAAUAAUGAAUGGAUCGAGAUGGAUCCAAUACAGCUACACGAUAUUCUGAUGCGUUCGUAAAGUGAGAUGCUAAAAGUUCGUCCAUCUUAAAAUUAACUGCAUGUGCGCAGGUGUUUACAGACCCGACAGAUUAACUCAAUUUUUACUACUCAACGCUUAUAUACCGUUAUUCAAAUAACUUAAAACAUACCUUAAGUCAUACCGAAACACUCGCUAAUAAAUACACAUUGUCAUUCAGAACAUGCAGGAAUAAAAUAUCUGCUCAUCUUCAAUUUGUUCAUUUACAAAGUGCUAUAGUUGGUUUCUUUUAAAUAAGAUGAGAAUUUCAAACAACUUUGUAUAAGUUCGAUGACGGUGGUUACGCGUGAGGUUAGCGGGAGAAAUAACAAUAACAAUUGACGGCCUUUCAUCGUUGCAGCCUCUAUUAAGCAAAACUGGCCAUGGAAACGGAGUUUAAACGCUUUGCUAUUCUGUUAAAAAUAUAUUUAAAAUUUUCCUCAUAUUUAUUUAAUACCUUGCACAGACUUCUUGUGCAACGAAAUUGUACCGUAAAAGGCAAAUAGACAGAACUCUUGACAGCCAUUGGUUGAAAAGUAAACAGGAAGUUAAUUGAAGCUAAUCUCGUGCCGAGUACAGCUGGGAAACAUUCAGACUGUACAACUCCAUUUCUGUAUGACUUUGUGCCAUGUCUUUCACUUGGAUCUGUUUUCUGUUACUGGAGCUGUGUUCAGUGAUAUCCGAGAUUGCCUGGUCACAAGGUUGGUUAUUCAAGUAUGUUCUUUGACAAAAUGAAAACUGAGAAAUCGAUUCUUUCAAAAAAAAAAAGGCGCGAUUGACAGAAAAUAAACCAACGGUGUCAUCGUUAUCGUGUUUCCAAUGUUUGCUGCAAGAUACAGAUGGCGGCUUUUCAAUUUCCUGAUGGAAAUAGCAUCUUUUACAGUUGGAGGAUGGUAUAUUUUAAUAAGUUUAGAGAAGUUGUAGGUCCUUAGUGUACUAACUCGUUUGCUCAUUAAAAAAACAUGACGGACUUUUCUCUGCCUUUCACCUCGAAUAGUUUGACGAGGCGUACUACAAACAAAAUUUCGACUCUCACAAAUAAAGGCAUUUAUAAAAGUGGAAAUUAUUCCGCUUUUCGCGGAACUUAAAGCUAAGCACCGUAGAAAAGCUUUGUAAAAACAAAUAAGAUAAGCUUAAACGGACAUGUUAACAGUUUCCAAUACGUAAGGUAUUUAUGAGAAAAUGCAAGCAGUUUCUCUUCUGACAUAAACAUGUUAGUUAACAUCAUCAUUCCGAUAUAGGGUGAAAAGAAAAAUUUUUCAAGCCAAUUUUGGGUACAAAUUCAGGUGAUUCCCGCCGGUGUGUAACAUCUGUACGUAUAUGCGUUUUCCAACUUCAAACAGAAGCGUUAGUUACCUACGGCUAUUAUAUAUAUCUACACAUAUAUAUUUACAUUUUCCUGUUUUCAUCUUCUAAUGAUAUUUACCACCAAUGAAACAGAACAUCUUUCUUAUUGCAAGUUCAGCCUCCACGAUUUUUAUCUUUUUGGAUUAAUCUGUAACGGAUUCUAAUUUUUAGGGCAUCAUAACGCCUUUUUAACACAGCGUAUCAGUUCUUUAGUCAAAGCAUGACAUCUGCUUCAAUUGUGAUCAAGAGGCAAUUUUUAGCAACAAAAGACUAAAGAUAGUGUUCAAAAGUAUAAAGAAAAAAUGGAUUUCCUUGAGAAUGAAAGGAGAAAAUUUCGCAACAUCUGGCCUCAAUUUAAUAACUAACCGCCAUUCCAGCGAAUUGUACGGUAAUUAAUUCGCUGGAAUGGCGCUCGGUCAUUUUUCUGACCGGCUUCAUUCGCCUUAAAGGAGGCAAAGUCGAAUAGCUUACAGUUUUAUCGUGUUGUGUAUUUAAUAAUCCAUUUAUUGUUAUUUACUCUAUUUUGGUUUCAUGAGAAAAAUCGCGUGUAAAUUUUUUUUUCUGAGGGCACUCGCCAAGGUGCGGAGUAACCUUAAAGGCAACGACAGAAAUUGGAUCUCCCACAGUUACGCGAACACUAAUUUCAUCACUUCCUCGGGUAAAAGGAAAGAAUCUAUCCAGAAACGUCAGUUACUCCCAUUCAAAGUUUCUAGUUUGCAGGAAUCAGUACGUUUCUUCCCCAAAUAAUUACGGUUAAGAAUAUUCCAACUUAUAGUCGUUGUCUUCAAUCCACAGAAACUCGUACUAAUUUGGAUUCCAAUUAUGGGCAGAAUUCAAGACAGAAUCUGCUUUCAGUAGACAAGUUCCAUUAUCUAAAUGUACUGGGAAAAUGUUAUCGCUGCCUUAGAUACCACUUCAACCUACCAGGGAAACUACAAAAACCGUAUCGUUCAAAGUUGGCAAACUUUUAA